AUGUCCGACGUCGAGGAGGACACAGUCCUGCAUAGUUCUGGACCUGCGGAAGAGCACGAGGAAGAGCACGAAGAGGCAGAGGAGGAAGAAGAAGAGCCUCGCAAGGGCAGGAGACACGACUAUGAUGAGGACGAGGACGAAGAGGACGAAGAGGAAGAGGACGAAGAAGAAGAAGAGGAAGAUGUAGGUGCAGAGAGAGGAAAGAAGAGGGCAAAGCAUCGGCACAAACGACCUGCAGUGAACCGCUUCCUCGAUGUGGAGGCCGAGGUUGACGAAGAUGAAGAGGAGGAAGAAGAAGACGAUGAGUACGGAAAAGACGAGUUCAUCGCCGAAGUUGGUGGCGAAGGCGACGAAGAUGAUGUGGCAAGAAGAAAAGCGGACCAUGCACGGUUCGAUAGGCGAGAAAGAGAACUCAAUGACCAGGAUCUUGCGAAAAUCGCAGAGGAUGUCAGUCAGCGCUACAGACGGACGGCAGUUCGAUACUCUGGCGACAUGAGCGAUAUUCCUCAACGGCUGCUUAUGCCAUCAGUUCACGAUGCCAAUUUGUGGCAGGUCCGUGUUAGGCCGGGUAAAGAACGCGACCUCGUAUUCAGCCUUAUGCGAAAAACCAUCGACUUGGAGUACUCAAAUCGACCAUUGCAAAUCCUCUCUGCCUUCCAACGAGAUUCCCUGCCAGGAAUGAUAUACGUGGAGGCGCGCAGUGCCAAGCAGGUCAAUGACGCCUGCAAUGGUUUGGUCGGCAUCUUCCCCAGUCGUGGCAUCGUCCUAGUUCCUAUUGAAGAAAUGGCAAGUCUAUUGCAGAUCAAGAAGCAAGACUUGACUGUCACUCCUGGCAGCUGGGUGCGCAUUCGUCGCGGAAAGUACCAAGGAGAUCUUGCCCAAGUCAUGGAUAUCACUGAGAAUGGCGAGGAAGUGGGCCUUAAGUUCAUUCCCAGAAUCGACCUUAACCCGAAGGACGAUGGGGCAAUUGAUGGCCUUGGGAAGAAGCGCAAAAAAGCUGGCUCGGGCCUAUCGUCUUUCACUAUGCGUCCUCCUCAGCGAUUCUUCAAUUACGAAGAGGUCGUGAAGGUAUACGGGCGAAAGGGGGUAUCAAAGCGCAACCAGGUGUAUGUCUUUCAAAAUGAUACUUACAAGGACGGGUUCAUAGAGAAGGACUUCCGUCUGACCGCUCUGCAACUGGACAACGUCAACCCUACACUUGACGAGAUUACUCGCUUUACGCGAGGGCAGGAUGGGGCUGAGAACGAAACAAACGUCGAUCUUUCCAUCAUUGCAGAGGCUUCUCGAAAGGCAGCGAUUGCGGUGUUGCAGCCCGGUGACCAUGUCGAAGUUUUCGAAGGAGAGCAAGCUGGUGUGCACGGGACAGUGCAUUCCAUUGAACAAGAUGUUGUGACAAUUGAGCCUGUGGGCGUUGACUUCGAUGGUCAGCGAAUACAGAUUCCUGCCAGGAGCGUUCGGAAACGCUUUAAACCUGGAGACCAUGUCAAAGUAAUGGCUGGUCAAAAUGCGGACGAGACGGGACUGGUGGUUUCUGUCAUCGACAACGUCGUUACGUUCUUGUCUGACAUGUCCAUGCAAGAGAUUUCUGUUUUCUCCAAAGACUUGCGUGAAGCGGCGGAAGUUGGUACAGGAACGAAUGUUGUUGGCAACUACGAACUCCAUGAUCUUGUACAGCUCGACGCCCAGACAGUUGGUGUCAUUUUCAAGACUGAAAGAGAUUCAUUCCGUGUACUUGAUCAGAACGGCCAAGUGCGGUUGGUUCAGCCACAUCAGAUAUCUAUGCGGCGGGACUCGAAUAGAGCUAUUGCCACCGACGCCGAAGGACACGAACUUCGCGUCAACGACAAUGUCAAAGAGGUUGACGGGGAGGGUCGGAAAGGACGUGUCCUACAUACUCAUCAGUCCUUCUUCGCAUUCUUGUACAAUCGCGACUACACGGAGAAUGGCGGUGUAUUCGUUACGCGUGCGCGAUCACUGGUAUCGGUAGCUCCAAAGGGCAACCUCAUGAAACUCGGCGCUGCUGAUCUGUCGAAGAUGAACCCUGCUCUCGGCGGUGGCGCUGGUGGUAUGGUUGGCUCCGGAAACAUUGGUCGGGGUCCACGCGAUCGUCUCAUCGGUGUCACAGUAGUUGUCGUCAAGGGUCCAAACAAGGGCUAUGUUGGCACCAUCAAGGACACCAACGGUCCUAUCGCGCGUGUUGAGCUCUAUACUGGCAAUAAGGUGAUCACAAUUGACAAGGGGAAGCUCAGGAGACGCCUUCCCACUGGUCAAGUUGAAGCACUUGAAGGUCACUUCAGCUCCAUGGGACAACCUCGUAACAACUUUAGCAUCAAUCCAAUAGGGCGCACCCCCAAUCCCUACAAUCAGGGCGGCCGAACUCCUGCAUGGGGCGCUACGGGUCGUACACCAAAUCCAUAUGCCGCUGUUGAUGGCCGCACCCCCGCUUGGAGUGCCUCUUCUCGCACACCAAAUCCCUAUGCUGAUACCGGGAAAACGCCUACCUGGAAUGCGUCGUCACGCACUCCUAACCCGUACGGUCAGGACGGUGGGCGCACGCCAGCGUGGAAUUCAGCAGUGCGUACGCCAAAUCCAUACAAUAAUGCACAGUUGGGUGGAACAUCGCCAGCAAAUCCCUCGAGCUCAAGCUGGGGUGGCGCGACGCCAGGACGGUCAAGUGGUGCCGGAGGCGGGUGGGGCUCACCAUCUGGGGGUGGCUGGGGUGAAGGCGCAAAUACUUGGGGAGAGCCGGUCGCCAGUGCUCCCACGCCCUUUGUGGCACCCACACCUGCGUUCGCUGAUCCAUUUCCAGCUACUCCCGGCAUGAUGUAUGGCGGUGGAAUGCCUACGCCAGGAGUUGGCUUGUACGAAACCCCGGGUGCUGGGUUCGAAGCCACCGCAGAGACGCCCGGCUUAUCCGGCGGCGCUUAUAGCGGUGUAGAGACGAGGUUCGAAGCAAGUGUGAAAUGGCUGACGGAACCCGAGAUCGCAUCGAAGCGGGGAAUGAUCGUUGAAGUGAAGAACUCGUUUGGUGAGAACGGGUGGCACAAAGGCGACUACGAGGGUCGGCAGGCGGUGGUACUCACCGUGUCGGACAUGCACAAUCAAUUCGGCGCGCGUGCACGCGUACGCUUCCUCCAGCCGAUCGACCCUGACGUGGACGUACACACGAUACCCGUCGAGUUCCUGUGGCCGGUGCAUCCUGAGCGCACGGAGGAUGAUGCGCUCGUCCUGCAUGGCCCGCAGAAGGGUCAAGAAGCCAAGGUGCACGCUGUCCAGCAGGGCGGUGUCAUGGUCGUCACGACCAAGGCGUAUGUGGUUCUCGAGAUCACGUCGGAGAAGCUCUGCAAGAUGUGGAACAUCGACGACGACGGAAACCGAAUACGAUGA